AAAUCAACAUGGAGAAUGGUUUCGGUCGACGAUCCGACAGUAGUUUGCAGCUGUUCUAAAUUGAUUGUUGUUUGGUCAAUAGUAAUAUAUUGCAACGUUUUAUAAACUUAUUAUUUUUAUAUUCAGUGUUAUAAAUUUUUAACGUUACCUCGAACUGAAAUAUCGAUGGAAUUGUGAACAAAGGAGUAAAGUACAUUCAGUGUUCCGUAUAACCAUUUCGUGACGUAACUGGAUUUCUCUUGAAGCGCUAGUAACUGUAUUUCUUCUGUAAGCGAAGGUCGUCUUUGCACGGAUGGUUUACAAAUUAGCAUAAUUGCGUAACGGUACGCGGACAAAAUGUGGGAAGUUGACUCUGACACGGAGUCCCAAAGUGCGUCGUCGGACGGGCUUCGACGACGACAAGGAUGGGACCCAGAGGCCGAGAGUUUAGCUUCUCAAAUCGACGAACUCGACGAAGUACUCGCCGAAGAAGAAGAAGGAUGCCCAUUACCAUCGACCCCCGAGGAUCAACACCUGCUCGAUGCGGAGAUGGCUGAGGUAUUGAAGGCUGGCGUUCUAUCAGAUGAAAUCGACCUGGGUGCAUUGGCGCACAACGCUGCAGAACAGGCAGAAGAAUUUGUGCGUAAAGUUUGGGAAGCAUCAUGGAACGUAUGUCACUUCAGACAUCUGCCGCGUUGGCUCCAAGACAACGACUAUCUGCACAAGGGACACAGGCCUCCACUUCCAUCUUUUAGUGCUUGCUUCGCCUCGAUUUUCCGCAUCCACACAGAAACUGGCAACAUUUGGACCCACUUACUCGGUUGCGUGGCCUUCAUUGGUGUCGCAAUUUAUUUCCUUACCCGCCCAUCUAUUGAAAUACAAAUGCAAGAAAAGAUGAUUUUCGGAGUGUUUUUCAUUGGAGCUAUAGUAUGCCUUGGAUUUUCAUUUGCAUACCACACAUUAUAUUGUCAUUCCGAAAUGGUUGGUAAGCUAUUUUCUAAAUUGGAUUACUGUGGCAUAGCUCUCCUAAUAAUGGGGUCAUUUGUUCCUUGGCUUUAUUACAGUUUUUACUGCCAUUAUAGACCGAAAAUAAUAUACCUAUCUGUAGUUGUCGUUUUAGGAAUAUUAUCUAUAAUUGUGUCACUUUGGGAUAGAUUCUCAGAGCCUCGCCUCCGUCCUUUAAGAGCAGGAGUGUUCAUGGGUUUUGGUCUCUCUGGUGUUGUGCCAGCUAUCCACUAUGGUAUAACCGAAGGUUGGUUCAGUCAAGUAAGUAAGGCUUCUCUUGGUUGGUUAGUAUUAAUGGGUCUGCUAUACAUUCUCGGUGCAAUGUUUUAUGCUCUUAGAGUACCUGAACGUUGGUUCCCUGGAAAGUGUGACAUUUGGUUCCAAUCUCACCAAAUAUUCCAUGUGCUGGUGAUUGUGGCAGCUUUUGUCCAUUACCAUGGUAUUAGUGAGCUAGCGUCUUACCGUGUCACUGUCGGGGAGUGCUCAAUGCCUCCAUCCUCAAUCGCAUUCUAGCCUCUCCCACUACCAAAUGUGAUAGUAGACCAUAGAUAAUUCUAAGUAGGGUACAACUUUUAAUAGUUUCAUUGUAUAUUUUUUUAACAAAUAAAUCUAACACAAUUUUCUAAGUUUUUUUUAGUAAAACCAGAAUGUUGAUUUAUUGCAUUGAGGCUGUUAUUAACGUUUGAAACUAAUAAAAGAAAAAAAAAAUGUUUCCUGGUGAGGUUUUGGAAUUUGAAUACGGCAUUAUUUAUAAUACAAUUUUCUUUAUUUAUUUUAGUUUCUUUAGAUUAUUAUUUUUAGCAAAUAUUAUUUGACAAAUAUCUUUUAGCAUAGAAACCGGCACUGAAUAAAUUUGAAUUACCACUUAUUUUCUUUACAAAUUGCAUAUUUAUUUACUUGGGAUUAAGUCUUUAGACUGUACUUAAUUUUUGCACUAAGUCUUUGCUUUUGUGUAUUAUAAAACCACUAUCUUUUCAUUAUUAUCAUUGUCAAUGUUCUUCCUCAAUGUUCUAGAAAUAUCAAUACCUUACAAUUAAGUCUUCAAGUGCAGGACUUUACUUAAUACAGUCAGUAAGCAUUACUUGUUUUUUGCUUUGAUUACAACAAAUACAAUAAUUCAUCAAGUAGAAUCUCAAAUACCAUGUUAAUUUGAUUUAAAUUAAGAACAAAUGUGUAAACAAAUUGUUUUUAAUAACAAUGGUUAUGAAACACAAAUAAAUACAUUUUGAAAAUAAAAUCACACCUAUCUUUGAUGUAAAUUAAUGUUACAUUCCACUACAGUGAGUUACUAUUUGACCAAGACUAGAAUUAAAAAAAAGUCUUUAUCUGGUGAAGUAGUGAUGUAAAAUACUUGUAACUAUUUAUUUCAUAAUAACUAUUCCUUUUUUUCAUAAAAAAAAUUGUAUGUAUUGUAUGUAGUUUGGAAAUAAAAAAAAUCAUAAAAAAUUUAACUACCAUGAUUAUGUGGUCUGUAUUAGUUUUAAUAAAAGGUAUAUUCUAAAUUGUUGUAAGUGUUCAUAAAUAUAAAUAUUUUAUGAGAUUGAAAAUGGAAAAUAUUUGUAAAUAAAUAAAAAAAAACACUGAGCUCCUAAUUGAUAAGUUCAUUAUUACUUUAGGUUAUCAGGUAAUACAAAUCUUAGUGAUAGGAAAUAAGUAUGGCUGUUCACUGUAUCUGAAUAAUGACACUUGCAUGGUAAAAUUUUACUGAUGUUUAAACAGCAUCUAAAUCUUUGUGUGUAUGUCAUUGUUGUGACAUUAUUCAUAUUGAGUGAAUUGCCAGCUUUAUGAAAAAAUUAUUAAGUAUACUGAGCUCAGGCUUUUGUAAUCUUGCACAUGUAA